UGGCGGGUACCGAUGGUGCCGGAGUUGCAAGCAUGGGCCGUGGGCACGGCCGUGGAAGGGGCAGAGGGCGAGGAGGAAGAUUUGGCAGCAGCAACUUCAAUGGAGGCCGUGGUAAUGGAGGAUAUGGCAGCAACAACAACAACAAUGGCUACGGGCGUGGGCGCGGUCGAUUUGAUGGCGAAUGCCACUUUUGCCACAAGACCGGCCACAUGUGGAGAGAUUGCUACAGAUUGCCUGAUGGAUGGACCCCUUCUCAAGGCCAAGAGGGCAGAGGAGCAAGGGGAGGAAGAGGCAGAGGUCGUGGAGGCCGUGGUGGUCGUGGAAGCGAAGCGGCAUGCAUGAAAGGUGGAGACUACGAGACGGGCCCGAGUGAAGAUCGAUACCCAGGCCAAUUCUUCUUUGUCUCCACGCAAGCGGCAGCUGCAGCAGGAGGUGUGGAAGGCUUUGAGGAGCCAGCUACUGUGGGAAAGGUCACCCUUCACUCUCUGGACUUUUGGGUGAUCGAUAGCGGCGCCACCUAUAGCAUGACACCUCGUGCGGACUUGCUCACCGAAC